CUCUUGAUUUCAAAUACGUUUUCCUUUACGUUCAGUAUCUUUAACCUAUAUAUCAUGUGCUUAUCUCUGCUGGAGCAGGAAGAAUGGUAUAAAAAUGAAAAAACAUCAACCUAUGCUUUGAAUGUGGCAAGAAGAGAAUAAGGGCUAUUGUCGUGAUUGCUUGAAUGCAGGACUUCACACUGGAAGAAAAGUUAGAUGUAAACUCUAAUUUCUUAGUUGUAAUAAGCAUCUCUUCUUGGGAAUUGGAGAUUUCAAAAAAGAAAAAGGAGUCCCUUGAAGAAAAAUGUGCUUCUUAAAUCAACCCCAGCCUCUCCUCUGUACAAAGAACUCUUUGUGAUACUAACAGAAAAGAAGCAAAUUAAACUAAAAGCUUAUCUGCAGCUCAGAAGAACAAGGAAAUGGAGUUUUGAGGAGUGGAGGUAGCCUGGCGUCAGCCAUGGGUGAUCAAGACACAGCCAGACAAUGUGGAUCAAUUUCUUCAAACUACGGCUUUUCUGCUGCCUGCUUGCAGUGCUGAUGGUGGUGGUGUUGGUCAUCAAUGUUACUCAGGUGGAGUACUUGGACCAUGAGACUGUUUCAGCCACAUUCAUCGACAGCAGUGGACAGUUUGUUUCCUCCCAGAUGACAAGAAUUAGCCGGAAUCCUUACUGUGGCUAUGAGCAUCAGACUCUGUCCAGCCGGGAGCGCACAGAGGAGGACUCCCUGCUGGCUGCCUUACAGUGGCAGGUGCCUGAUGUGGGUCCAGUCCCCUUUGUGAAGAGCACUGACCCUUCUUCCAGCUACUUUGUUAUCUUGAACUCCGCAGCCUUCUUCAAGGUGGGAAGCCAGCUAGAAGUGCUGGUUCAUGUGCAGGAUUUUCAAAGAAAGCCCAAGAAGUAUGGUGGAGACUACCUGCAGGCCAGGAUCCACUCCCCUAAGCUGCAGGCAGGGGCUGUGGGCAGAGUGGUAGACUACCAGAAUGGGUUUUACAAGGUCUUCUUUACUCUGCUCUGGCCAGGCAAAGUUAAAGUGUCCAUAUCUCUGGUCCACCCCACUGAGGGGAUCAGAGUUCUUCAGCGCCUGCAGGAAGAGAAACCACACAGAGUCUAUUUCAAGAGUCUCUUCCGUUCAGGAAGAAUUUCUGAAACCACUGAGUGCAAUGUGUGUCUUCCUGGGAGUCUUCCCCUGUGUAACUUUACAGAUGUCUACACUGGAGAGCCCUGGUUCUGCUUCAAACCAAAGAAGCUCCCUUGCAGUAGCAGAAUUAACCAUUUCAAAGGUGGAUACCUGAAGGGCCUCCUAACUGCUGCAGAGACCGCUUUCUUCCAGAGUGGUGUCAAUAUCAAAAUGCCAAUCAACUCCAGUGGACCUGAUUGGGUGACUGUGAUUCCGAGGAGAAUAAAAGAAACCAACAAUCUAGAACUAUCUCAUGGCUCAGGAACUUUUCCUUCUGGGUAUUAUUAUAAAGAUCAGUGGAGGCCCAGAAAGUUUAAGAUGCGCCAGUUUAAUGACCCUGACAACAUUACAGAAUGCUUACAAAGAAAAGUGGUGUAUUUGUUUGGUGACUCAACAAUCAGGCAAUGGUUUGAAUACCUUACUACGUUUGUUCCAGAUUUAGUGGAGUUUAACUUGGGUAGUCCCAAGAAUGUGGGUCCCUUCCUUGCGGUGGACCAGAAGCACAACAUCCUGCUCAAAUAUCGCUGCCAUGGUCCACCCAUCCGUUUUACAACCGUCUUUAGCAAUGAGCUUCGUUAUGUGGCAAAUGAGCUGAAUGGCAUCGUGGGAGGGAAGAACACAGUGGUUGCCAUAGCUAUAUGGUCUCAUUUCAGCACCUUCCCUUUGGAAGUGUAUAUCCGGCGGCUCAGGAAUAUCCGUCGAGCAGUGGUCCAGCUCCUGGAUCGAAGCCCUAAGACUGUGAUAGUCAUCCGGACAGCCAAUGCCCAAGAGCUGGGGCCUGAAGUGAGCCUUUUCAACAGUGACUGGUACAACUUCCAGCUGGACACCAUCCUUCGGAAGAUGUUCUCAGGGGUUGGAGUGUAUCUUGUUGAUGCCUGGGAGAUGACCCUGGCUCAUUAUUUACCCCACAAGCUACAUCCGGAUGAAGUUAUUGUGAAGAACCAACUGGACAUGUUCUUGUCCUUUGUGUGCCCCUUGGAGACCUAGCUUGCCCUGGAAGGAACUGGAAGAAUCACAUUUUCUGCAUUAGAGACAGUUUAUGGGAGGCCCCAUGGAGAUAUUGCUGCUACUGAUAUGUACAAAAUUUCAGAAAGAGCUGGACUUUAUAUAAUGAUUUGUAAGGAGCUUAGAAAAUGCAGGUUGCAUUUAUAUCUACCUACAGGAUUUAUUCCAAUCUUUACAUAGCCAUGGGAGAACCAUUAUUAACAACAUCUACGCACUGUAUUGCCCUUGUAACCAAAGAUGCUAAUGAGUGUGUUUGAAUUAGCCUCUCCGGAGAGGGGAGAUUACUAUGCUAAAAACUGAAAAAUGUUCUGACCUAAAUGGUUGGUAGUGGAGUGUGUGUAGCUUAUCUGGUAAGGGCGAUUGUGCUUAUCUGCAUGAGUAGCACGGUGGGUCCAUCUUCAGUGUGAUGAACUGAUGAGGCUUAUGGUUAGGGGCUCCUGUGACACACUGGAGCCUGCUGUGUCUCAGGAGUUUCUCUUGAUUCACCUUUUUUGAAUUACUUGAAAAGGCCAGUAUCUUUGGUUAGAAUUUUUUAGUGAGAACAUUUACAGUGUUCUGCUUUUAUCUAGAAAAGAAGCAAAAGGAGAAUACGAAAGCGGUUAAUAUGAAAUCUGUGUGUUGCACUGAUACUUGCAUUGGGCGGUUGUUACUUACUUGAUUCAGCUAAAUUUUACAUGACGAAUACUUUAAAAUAAUCACUUUUGGAACUGGAAGGGGGAAAUGUAUAAAUGGAAAUUUAUUUUUGUGUUUUGAAGUUUGAGGGUUUUAAGAAUUGACUUUUACGUAAAGAACGCCGUUGUUUAUUAUAAACUUGUACAAGUUACUUCCAUCAAUUUCAAGUGUUUCUUUUUUGGUUGUUAGUUUGGAUCACAUACCAACAUUAGAAAUGAAAAUCUAAUUAGAAGUUAGAUAUUGAGAUCUGUAACAAGUAUUUCUUGAUGGGGACAUAAGGUACACACAUUCUGUCAUGCUUGGAAGUAAAAAACUGCUAUCUUAAGAUACUAUCAAUUUUACUUGACUGUCUUUGCCUUAUUAAUUUUAAAUGGGUUUAGGCUAGCAUGGGGCCAUUUAGUAAGCACUCUUUUCUUUUUGAGCCAGAAUGGAUUACAAUCUAGUUUUAGUUAUCCCUAAAUGGACAUAUGAAGAGACUGGAGAGGCUUUAGAGAUGAAGACUGAUGCUAAAAGCAUUCUCUUAGGAGAAUGGGUUGAGGAAUUUGGAGUUAAGAAGUUUUUUUUAAUGUUUAUUUAUUUUUGAGAGAGAGAGACACAGAGUGUG